UAGUAAACUCUGUAUUCGUCUGCCGGCUUAUACACAUGAAAAAUAUUUAUUUCGAAUAAUUUCCGGAUAUUUAUAGUGUUUAAUGGAUAUUUCGGAUUUUGAAGUGCGCGAGUGCCCCUCUUCGGCAGUAUAUAUUCCAAACUUUAUAACAUCCGAAGAGGAGAAACGCAUUUUGUCUCAGAUUUCGCGAGCUCCAAAACCAAAAUGGACUCAACUUCUUAAUAGACGCCUCAUUAAUUACGGUGGAGUACCCCAUCCAAAUGGAAUGAUUGCUGAAGAAAUACCGAAAUGGUUACAAGUCUAUAUGGAAAAAAUUAAUAAUUUAAAUUUUUUUCAAUCCCAAAAAGCUAACCAUGUCCUGGUAAAUGAAUAUUUACCGGGUCAAGGGAUUAUGCCUCACACAGAUGGACCGCUAUUUCAUCCAAUCAUAACGACUAUCACAUGUGGUUCAUAUACAGUACUUAAUUUCAUUGAACGAAAUGUGACAAGGUCUAAUGAUAAACAGUGUCGUUUACAUAAAUAUAACAACGAUGCUGAAUCGUUACAACAGGAAAGCUUAACACGUGAAAUUAAUUUCAAAAUGCUUUUAGAACCUCGUAGCUUAUUAAUACUUAAGGAUGAAUUAUAUAAUAAUUAUUUGCAUGGUAUAGAUGAAGUCAAGCAAGAUGUUCUUUGUGAUAAAAUCUGUAACUAUGAGAAUUGCGAAAGAGUUCAUAAGAUGGGAAGUAUUUUAAAACGCGGGAUUCGCAUUUCACUAACGAUACGUCAUGUACCAAAAACUACAACAAUGAAAUUAAAGUUUUGUUAAAGUACUUCCAUCAUAUUCUUUACAUCCUUUAUACUAUAUAGAAAAUUUUCACAAAAUAUUAAAUGCUACCUAGAUAACAGUCACUGGAACUCCAACUAAUGCGCAUGUUUAUAUAGAAUAAGCCAAAAAAUAUAUGCAACACUUUUAUUAUAAUAAAAUACAAAAGAGAUUUAUUUCAAGUUAUAACAAAA